AUGGACUUAGUGACGGACUCAGCUAACUCUCAGAGGGUGAAUGUGCUUAAAACCCGUCGGACGUUCUGUAAGAAGUAUGACAAGCACCAGCCCCACAAAGUGACCCAGUACAAGAAGGGCAAGGAUUCUCUGUAUGCCCAGGGAAAGCGGCGUUAUGACAGCAAGCAGAGUGGCUACGGUGGGCACUCUAAGUCGAUUUUCUGGAAAAAGGCUACAACUACAAAGAAAAUUAUUGUGCUAAGGCUUGAGUGCAUUGAGCCCAACUGCAGAUCUGAGAGAAUGCUGGCUACUAAAAGAUGCAAGCAUUUUGAACUGGGAGGAGAUAAGACAAGAAAGGGCCAAGUGAUCCAAUUCUAAGUGUCAUCUUUUAUUAUGAAGACAGUAAAAUCUUCAGUUUAUGUUC